AUGGGAAAAUUUCAGUUAUGUAUUGAGAGUACGGUGCGGGAGGUGAACAGCCUCCUGGUGUUUCACAAUGUUCAUCCACAAGUCCGUGCGGAUGUGCAACGACGUCUGCAGCGCCUUGUUUACCGCAUCCAGGAUUAUAUGGGAACUCUCGCGCCAGGUUACUGCGAAUCCGCAGAGGACGUUUGUGCAGCCGUGGUACAAAAAGUUGUUGACGAUACACUCCGAAACGUUCUCCCCGGCGUUGAACUCGUUUUGGAGGAGAAGCGGUCUGCAGCGUUGCAACAGCGCACGAGAGAUCUUGAGAUGGAACUGUGCAAGAGCGAAAGACGAUGCAGUGAGUUGGAGGAGGUCCUUGAGCGCUUUCGUAAGGCGCACCAGCUUAUGUUGCGUUGCUAUUUCCGUGAGGUCCUCGUGCUGCGGUACAAGUUGCAGGAAGCUCUGUGGCGGCGGCGGACACAUGGUCGCCGGGCGCAGAGCGCACAACCGUACUCACACAUACAAGAGAGUCAGUCACGCAGCGCAUUUUCCGUUGUCCCUGGUAGCCAGGGGCCUGAUUUGGGGGACGCGCUGGCUGCGUUACCACAGUCGCAGAAUAUGUCACUCUCGGAAGAUACCGCGGACGUUUCCGCAUCGCUUGUGGUCUGUGAUGUCGUAACCUUCCCCGACGCUCAGAGCGUUGUGGCGAAUGAGACGGGACACGAUAUUACAUUGUCGCUUGUGACAUCCAAGGGGGCUACCGCAGUACCGACCACAACCGUCAAACCAGUGUCGGGAAACCCGGCAACACUAUUUGCGGAGUUGCUACAACCCCCACCAACACUCGCCACAACAACAUCAACUGUAGUAAACGCUGAUAUGACGGCAGAUACACCAAAAGUGUCUGUGAAGUCAAACUCAAAUAGUAAAAAAAUACAUGCCUCGGCAGUGAAAAGAAACCUGGAUACGAAAUCUCGUAAUGUCCAGACGGUGGGAACGCAGACCGUGCCGUUUAUGGGCGAUGACAGCGUGGACGCUAUUUUUGAUUAUGAACGGUACAUCCAGCAGCUGAAUAGCAGUCAAAGACGAGGAAGCGAAUCGUCGUUCGAGUCCGAGAUGGCCACAUUGUCUGUAAAGAAGUUCGCAUUGAAGAGUCCCAGGGGGCAGCAGGAAGCUGGCUUUCAGCUCAUGCGACAGCGACUGAUGGAAGCAUGGGAGCGCGCUGGCAGCGCUGCUUGGAAACACCCAAUAAACCGUGGGGGAUUAUCAACGUCCAGUUCACGUCCAAACAUCUCCUCGAUGGAUUUGAUGAGGGAAGUGUUCCUGAUGGAUUUGACUGAAAUUCAUCAGGGCGUUCAAAAGUUACAGGAGCAGCAUUUUAAGGACAUGACGGAAUUGCAGAAUGCGAUGAGGUCCAUUGAGUCGCAAGUUGAAAUUUUAUUGGGAUUCUUUGGGACCUAUGCGGAAGAGGUGAGUCGUCUUGCAGUUGCCUUGUCAAGUGAUGAAGGGACGGCGAAUGAUAUGUCGAAUGGUGCAUUGGUCGCAAAGUACGAUCCAUACCGGCGACGUGUGGUGAUGGACUACUUCACUGUCACGGCCUUGACGGGUGCGUUGGCGGAGGUGGGCCCAGAGCAAUCAGAGGGUAGGACGAUGGAAGAAAUGGUGAUGCAGCAACUGCUACAACAACGCCAAGAGCACAUUAACUUUUGGGAAAACAACCCUGUGACAUUGCGCGCAAGGGCAGCUUUUGCUGAACUGCAGGCGGCAGCAAUGCGGAGGUGGGAGGAGGCAUCUCGCCGGCGUCAAGGAGGUACGACAAUUGACAUGUUGCCAACCGUCCUGGGUAACGACUUGGACAACCUUUCUGCAUUCACAGGUGGUUCCAAAAACGGAAUUGAACACGAAGAAGACAGCACUGCCCUUCGAUCACUUUCUCGGGAAGAUAAACUUAAAACUCUUGUUCAGCUCCGUAUGCAGCGUAUUGCCCAUCGUGCUCGCCAUCGCAGUAGGUUGCAUCAACUUGCCGAGGCAGCACGUAUGGGGAGGAGGGGGAAGGAGCUAUAUAGAAUACUUCGCGAGGCUGCUUCACACGAGCAAACGGUGGAUUUGUUGACACGGAAGAUCGAUAAACUUUUGCGUGACUUGGGUCUUUCCGGGGCUGUUUUGGACUCUGAACGGGCAUUCUUUACGAAAAACCUUGCCUUUUCGCCGUAUCUGUGUGAUCCUACAGAUGAGAUGCAGGAGAGCGAGGUGGUGUAUGUGCCUCUUCCCGUGAAUGCGCGGGACGCGGACGAUUUGUGUGCAACACUAUGUUCUAAUGAAGCUGGUUAUGUCAUUUUCAAGGAUGAGGUUAUUCCUAUUGCCAACGUGAAAUAUGAUCAGCGUACCGAUGCUUUUAAUAGAGUAGGAACAGCUGGAGGACAAGGAGAUGAUGCUGCAAAAUCAAGAGCAGCAGGUAGAAGAGGUCCACAUCGUGUAGUACCGUUUCAUGGUACUGUGAUUGAGUAUUAUCGUGGAGUGCAGUUAGGCCGCCCGUUAGGCGAGAGACAGGGACCUAUGUAUGUGUUCUGGGAUACAGAACAGAAGGCUUUUUUUCUUGUGGAGGAGGAGGCAGAUGCCGAGAAGAGUCCAACGCGCAGAGUGGCAAUAACGAUGAAAAACCAAGGGCCUCAGCAGAAACUGGAGCGACAACGCAAUGUACACUUGUCGACAAUUUUGAUGCACCCACCGUUACCUGAACCCGAAAGAAGAGAACCAGCUAUGAAUUGUGCUUCACUUGUUCCCGUUACACCACUCAGGACCGUGUCGAAGGUGACGCCACCCCCUGUACUAACUUAUUCAGUUGACAAGAAGGCAUCAAAUUUUUUUCCUUUACAGCAACAGGGACGGUGCGAGCUUCCACCAUGUUUUUCGUCUGCAUCCCCCACAGCUCGGCUAGCCCAUCCGCUAAUAGUUCAACCAAACAAAGAGGAGAAAGAUUUACUGAAAAUCGAAUCCCUGUCUGCGCGGCGGGUUGAGGGAGAGGCGAGGAAAGCGACACCUUCAGAUGGCACGGUCACGGUGCUGGCACGUCUUAAAGGUGCUGAGCGACAACGCCAACAAAAGGCACUCACAAUGGCUCAGCGGAUACCCAGGGGGGGCGAAACACAGAAGGCAUCGAAUGAACGCUUCUUGCGGAUGCGUUUUCCAUGUAUAUCCUUGUCAGCGGCGCCAGCGUCGGAGUAG